CUUAGUUUUGACUUUGAAUUCUUCUGUUCCGCUGGUCAUGCAGCCUUCGCUCAUUCUACGGUCUGGGCGGUCUGCUUGGAAAGGCCCAUAUUUUGUAGCCUUUCCAAAUCUGAAGGAUGCACUCAUCAACAAUGUUGCUAUAAGAACGCAGGCUCGUGCGUGCACUAUCCUCCCAAAUUUUGUCGGUAUCCGCUUCAUGGUGCACAAUGGUAAAGACUAUGUUCCUGUGAUGAUAACGCAGGAUAUGGUCGGUCAUAAGCUCGGUGAAUUCGCGCACACCAAAAAACGCUUUACUUACAAGAUGACAAAGAACAAGUAGCUGUGUCUAUCUCCUGUUAUCGGAACACCUUCUGCUCCCUGCAGAAGACUUACACGGAUCAUUUUCGAAUGUCGAUUAUAAGCGAUAUAGAUUUCGAACUGCCUCAAGGACAGAAAGGAGCCUUAGAGCAGGAUUGUAGAUGUCAUUUAUCCUGCCGAUGUGAACGUUAGAACCAAAAUUAAGGGCCAUAGUAGUACCAUUUGAAAGAUCAGUGCUACCAGGUGUUACCGUGGUGAUGUCCACCUUGGCGGACAGAUCCGGACACUGGACA